CGCUUCUUCACACGUCGACAUUGUGCUUAGAUUCUUGGCUUCAUUAUUAGAUCUUCAGUUAUUAUUAUCAUCGUCUCAUUUACGGGGUAUUCCCAUAUAGUUCAAGACAAUUCAGGUUCCUGGACGGCUUGGAUACUGAAUGAUCUCCGUCAACACGAUCCAUCCUCGACAUGAGCCCAGAAGCGACAGAAACAGAGACAAAUAUAGAGACACAGGGAGAAUCAGAUGUAACAACAAGGCUACUGCAGGCCGAGAACGCCUCGACCCACGGUUUGUCGCCCGGAACCAGGAAUGUGCUGGCCCGACUCUACCUAUCCCACACUCUAUCGACGUGGAACUCUCGCAUGUUUGAAUUCGGAGCCGUCCUGUUCCUCGCGUCUGUCUUUCAGGGAACGCUUCUGUACGUCUCCAUCUACGCGUUGGUACGGUCGUUGUUGGUUGCUCUUUUAUCUUCCUGGCUUGGGGAUGUGGUGGAUCGGUCGAAUAGACUGGCCGUUUUGAGGCAGUCGAUUGUCUGGCAGCGAAUUCCUGUUGCAGUAUCCUGCGCGUGUUUUGUUGUUCUCCUGGCAUCGCCCGAGUCAAGCCUCGUCACUCCCAUCCUCUUUCUUGUUGUGACUCUGCUGGCAUGCGCAGAAAAAUUGGCCUCUGCCGUAAACACGGUUGCUGUUGAGCGCGAUUGGAUCGUUGUUAUCUCAGGGAGCCUUGAAAUCCCAAGACAAGAUUUGAACGCUUCCAUGAGGCGUAUCGACCUUAUCUGCAAGCUGUUUGCACCUGUUGUUGUUUCUCUGGUUGAUGUCCUGUCAACUAAAGUCGCCGUUUGGACGACCCUGGGUGUGAAUGUCUUGUCGGUCCUGGUCGAGUAUCGUGCGAUUGAACAGGUAUACAAAUCCGUUCCUGGCCUGACGCGAACUCCCUUGCCGUCCGAGACAGCAGGCUCCUCUCAAGAACGCACAACUCCUAAUGUUAUGGAACGCAUCCACAAUGCCCUCGCUCCGUGGAGGGAGUACGUGUCCAACCGAGUAUUCCUUGCAUCCUUCGCGUUGAGUCUGCUCUAUCUUACCGUUCUCACCUUCGGGACAACGAUGACCACCUAUCUGCUGGACACAAGCUUCAGUCCGUUUCAAGUCAGCAUCAUGCGGAUAGGCGCAGUUAUCGCAGAACUAAUGGGGACCUGGGCAGCGCCGUUCGUCAUGAAUAGGAUCGGGCCCAUACGGUCUGGCUUGUGGUUCAUCAACUGGCAAUUUGGUUGCUUAGCAGUUGCGGCAGCAGGAUUCCUCUUCCAGGACCCCAACUCGCAAUCUGUUGCAUUGAGCCUCAUUUGCGGGGUUGCCUUGAGCAGAAUCGGUCUAUGGGGGUUUGACCUUUCGGUCCAAUAUCUGAUCCAAGAGAACGUCGAAGAGCAAAACCGAGCACGCUUCUCCACGACCGAAGUCGCCCUGCAGAACAUCUUCGAGCUCCUCUCCUUCGCAUCAACCAUCAUAUUCUCUUCCCCGGAACAGUUCAAGUACCCCGUCCUCACCAGCUACGGGGCCAUUGCACUCGCAGCGAUCUGUUUUGCAGCAUACACCAGAAAGGAGCGUGGCCAUCUCCUGCACAUGUCCAAGUGUCUCGGCGGCAAUAAAAUUCGGCCCUCGUUCAACCCGGCGAAUCGAGGGGGGAUCCGUUUCGAAGUGACAUAACGGGAGAUGCUCGGGGUUGUCUCCGAUUACUAUGCAUAUGGCAUAAUGUUUAGACAGGACUGUGUAUUAGGGUUAUCCAUAGUGCGAAUGAUUCAUGAAUCAUGACCCCGGAUUCCAGACUUUCCGUCUUCCUCCGCAAUAUCGUGUUCUAGAGCAGUUGAUCGGGGAGUGUUCGUUAAACAUAUGACUUGUCUCUCAAUCGACUCAAUUAGUGUACUACUUUAUUAGUGAUCUAUGUUC